AAGAAUAAGAAGCCAGUUGUCAGGUCUUCUCUUAUUUCACAAUAAUGUCGUUAUUGAAACUUUUUGGAAAUUCAUUGAUAUCUGCUUUCAACGAUAAAAUUUGUUAUUUAAACGAGACAACAAGUUGGUCUCAUAUGAUAGAUUUUUCAUCUCCGUAUGAAAAAGGGCGCCCACUUAAAUAUUUCGAUGGGAAUAAUGAAAAACAUCCUCGAGAGGAUAUAGAUCAGCAAAUCGAAUUAAGUGGCGGGUUGAAUAUUAUUACCUCGCUGGAAGUGCACGAAAACAAAUCUUUAUUGGCUAUAGUGACAAGCGACAAAUCAUUGUUUCUUUACAAAAUUGAAAAUUUUGAUGGACCUGAAUGUCUUAAAUUAUUAUCACGGCGACUAGUUGCAAGAGCUUCAAGUUGUAUGCAAUUUUCAGCCGGUGGUAGAUUUGUUAUUGUAUGCGAUAAAAGCGGCGAUUGUUACGAGUAUGAUUGCGAGAAUAUAACCAAACCAGGUCGGUGGAUCUUAGGUCAUAUGAGUCAGGUGCUUGCCAUACUUGUCAAUUCAGAUGAUAGCCUGAUUGUAACCAGCGAAAGAGAUGAGAAAAUACGUGUGACUAAAUAUCCUCAAUGUCAUACUAUUCAAACAUUUUGUCUUGGACACACCGAAUUUGUCUCUGAUUUGAAGUUUCUAGACACCCAAAAUGAUACAAUGUUACUUUCUCUGUCAGGAGAUGAAACGCUACGUAUAUGGGAAUAUAGAACAGGGAAGGAAUUGCUUCAAAAACAAUUAAAAUUACCAGGUAUUAGACUGGCGACCAAACAUUUAGACGAUGGAUAUACAUUGGUAGUCAUUCUUUGCUACAAGCCAAAUACAUUAGCCGUGUACAGAAUAACCACUGAAAACAAUUUGCAAUGCGAAUUUAUCCAGGAUCUGAAAACUACGGAAAAAAAUAUUUAUACUGCUUUAACGCUCGAUGAUCAUAACAACUUAAUUGCACAGAUAAUAAAUGCAGACACUUCUGAAGCGUCGCUGAAAAAGUAUAAAUUUGAUCGCGAAAAAAACAAGUUCAGCGUAGACAAUAAUGAUUUCUCAAGUGAGCAUAUACUUAGUAAUUUAAACAAGGAACAUUUUCCGUACACUGAUAAAGUCUCCUCUCUGUUUAAGAAAAAAUUUGAUAAUAUUAAGGUUUAUCUCGAACGUAAACGAAAGAGAAUUGAUGACACCAAUAAAGAAUUUUAACAAAAUUUUUCUCAAAUUUUGAGUGUUGUACACGCAAUUGAUUAAGAUAAUUUUAUUAGUAUUGCAGAAAUAUAAUCAAACAUUUUCA